AUGCCCCUGCCCUCCUCGUCCAACACACCCUUCCUAUCUUUCCUGUCCCAUUCCACUGCCCUUUCCAAUUCCAACUCCAUUUCCAAGUUUAAUUUUAUUUCCAAUUCUAAUUCGAACUCGAAUUCAAAUUCAAAUUCAAAUUCAAAUUCAAAUUCAAAUUCAAAUUCAAAUUCAAAUUCAAAUUCAAAUUCAAAUUCAAAUUCAAAUUCAAAUUCUAACUCAAAUUUUAAUUCCAUUUCCAACAUUUCUUACCUCUCUCUGUUAUUUGCUUACCUCAUCUCUAAUACCACCAAUACUAAUCCUAAUCCUAAUCCUAACACUAACACUAAUACUACAAGUUCAAACUCAAGAACUUCCUCUUCCUCUUCCUCUAUCUUUUCUAAUUUCAAAAAACUAUCCUUAUCUUCAAAAUCAAAUAACAAUAAUACCGCCAAUACAAAUACAAAUACAAAUACAAAUACAAAUAACAAUAACAUAUUUAUAAAUAGACUAGGUCAAAACUCAAUUUUAAAUCAACCCGAUUCAUCUUCAAAUGAUCCAUCAAUGCCAAUCAAUAACACAUCUUAUCCCAACUACAACAACCUCAACAACCUCAAUUUAUCAAAGAUAAAAUCAAACCAGUCCUCCACCCUACAGCCCUCCAACCUACAACCUGACCAAAUCAUUUCCUCAAAAAAAAAAAGACAAAACAACCUCAACAUAAAUGUCUCUCCAUCACACUCUCAUCAUCGCCAAUCCUCUGACUGGUUUAUAACCCAUCAAGAACUCAACUCUCUAUCUGAUCUACACCCAAUUCCCACUGGCACUUCCUUUCUCUCCCGAAAACCUCCUCCCCCUUCCUCCUCCUCUCUAUCCUACAACAACCUCCACCGCCAUUCCUCUUCCUUCUCCAACAAUUCCCAAUCCUCAAGCAAUGCCUCAAUAUCCCUAUCUCUAAACCCUCAACCUCAACUUCAACUUCAACCUCAAUCCCAACCACACCUCCUCCAAUCCCAAAACAUCCUGCCCCAAUUCCCCUUGUUCAACCUUGAAAUGCCCAAAGAUGAAGAAACAAUAGAAAAAUUAUUCAACCAGCUAAUGGCAAAAAGAGACUUUAAAAGUCUACCUGACCCUGCUAAACUAGAAAUGAAAAACUUCUCCCCAGCAAAAAAAUGGAUGCUUAUCUACCAAGACGCCCUAGGCGACUACAAAAGACAAGAAAGAUUGAUAUCAAAGGGCUCUCAGAACAUGACUCCAGAAUCUUAUGUCCAAAAACUAAUGGACAAAAGCAUCAACAUCAAACAGCUCAACAACCUCUGGAUAUCCCUAAGAACUGAACCUGUAACCUGGGUUAGAAGCUUUAUCGAUGCCCAAGGCCAAAUCGCCCUAUCUACCGUUUUACAGCAACUCCACCAAAGGCAAAGACUAACCAACCCUCUUUCUGUCGACGAAUUCCUAGAGAAGGAAAACUGCAUCAUAAGAUGUUUGAAAGCUGUUGUAAACUUGAGCAUAGGCGCCAACAAGGCCUUGGAAUCAAAAAUAUUCGUAACCGCUAUAACAACUGCCCUAGUAUCUCCUAGACUAACAACAAGAAAAUCCGUCACUGACAUGCUAACCUUCUCAGCUCACUGGAUGCCUCCAGAAGGCUACAAUCAAGUCCUAAAAUCCCUAUAUUCGAUAACCUCAAACAACAUCUACUCAACUCUAAAUUCAAACACCUCAAAAAAAAAAAAUUCCGAUAAACUCAAAAAAUCAAAAUUUGACGACGACUUAACAAAGAAAAAUGGCUUUAAAAGAUUUGAAGAAUGGCUACAUCUAGUUAUAAACACUAUCGAUGGCAGAGGAAAAAUGGGCUCACUAGUUGGGGCAAGUGAAGAAAUCAAAUCUGGUGGCACUGCUGGCGAAAAUCAACUACUAGAAUACGCUCUCGCUACAAUGCUACUAAUAAACACAAUCGCUAAUGGCGGUGAAGACCACAAAUUUAGAACCCAUAUAAGAGCUCAAUUAAGAUCUGGAGGUUUAAAUCUUUUAUUCAACAAACUAAAAAGCCUUGAUUACGAAUUGAUAUCAGAACAAAUAAGAAAAUUCGAAGAAAAUGCUUCCCUAGAUUACGAAUCCCUAUUAAGAAAUGAUAAUUUCGAUGAAACGAUCAACAUGGAAGACCCAACAAGUCUAAUAUCAAAUAUAUGGAAAAAAGUUAAAGGCACAGAAGCUGAAGGCUACUUUUUAUCAACUGUUCAACACAUUUUUUUAGCUCAAGCCGACCCGCUAAAAUCAAAAGAUAAUCCGGAAUUUACAAGAUCUUUUAGAUUAAUCGAUGGCAUAAUUUCUGGAAUUUCAAUGCAUUCGUCGAAUGAUGAAACUACUGUAAAUAUAGCAAUCCAGCGGUUAUUUUCAAGUUUGCAAACUGAUGAAAUAGCCAGAAGAGCUCUUUUAGAAUUAAAAGAAGCAAACAAAAAAACAGAACUUGCAGUCGCCGAAAGAGAUGAACUAGAUCGCCAACUCUCCUUAGGUUCCGAAGGAAUGAUUUCAAAACUUAAAAUCGAACUAAAAGCUCAACAAGAAAUUAUAAGAAAACAGCGUGAGAUGAAUGAAAGAGUAUCAGGUGAAUUGGAUGACCUAAAAAGACAACAUUUAAGAGAAAAACAAGAACAGGAACUAGAAAUGAGGGAACUUUUGAUUCUGAUUAAUAAUACUGGUGAUGCGAAAACUCCCUUGACCGACGAAAAUAUCUCGAAAAAACAAAUUAUCAAAAUGAUCCAAGAAAAUCUUACUAAAAACAAGAGCAAUUUGAAAAAACAAACAAGAAAAUGGGGAAACUCUGUUGAACCAAGCUCAAGAUUGAGAAAUUUAAGAGAUAAAAUGGACUCUCUUGAAAAUGAAGCAUGGCAACUACAAAUGGUCGAUUUUCCGGAACAUGAGACUCCUACAACUCCCAUAGCUCCUGUAUCGAUAGUAAUAAAUCAAGUUUCAACUCCAGAAAAAAAAUCAAAUCGAAUAUUUUCUUCUCCAAUACUCUUGCCUAAAGAUAAGCCGUCCAAUAAAUCAAUGCCCACGACAAAAGAACUUGAAAGUGACUUAGACAGAUUGACUGUCUUGAGGAAAAAGUUGGAAUUAUUGCAAAAAGAUUCUAACGAUAUUAUAAAAUAUAGUAGCAAGCUUGAAUAUGAAAAAUUACUUAAAAAGAAAAAAAUGAUGGCAUUCGAUAGACUUAAAGAGUUGCAAAGCAACUUCUCUGACUUUAAGCUUGAUUUUUCAUUGGAUGAAAUCACAUCACUAGCAGAUGAAAUAGGGAAAGAACCUCAAAGUAAACCUCAGACUAUUUCUCCGUUUGAAACCGUUAUCAACGUGUCUGAAAUACCUAAAAAUGGUACUUUGACAACAUCAAUUAAUGAUAAGUUACAAGAAGAACUUAAUGGUAUUGAAAGAUUAAGAGAGCAGCUUGAAAUCAAAUUAAAACUUAUUGAUGAAAGAGAAAAAAGUAUGGAUGAACUAUUAAAGAAAAAGAAAACUCAAGUUUAUAUGCAAUCAGUUGCCGUUGGAACGUCAGAUGAUAUAGUAAGUUCAGAAAGUUCAACUACAUUGGCUGAUGAUGCAUAUGUGGCAUCAAACGAUAGUUUUGUGGGCGAAAAUUCUACAAUAUUGGAUAUAUUGGAGGAUAGAUAUGCUCGAGGUAAAGUUCAAAGCAACAAAACUUCUGUUGUUCGCUCAGAUCUGGUUCAAACUUAUGUUCUGCCCGAUACAACAAGUGAUGGUUUUAAAGUUGAUUUUCUUAAGGAAUUGGAAAAGACUGUUUCAAGAGUACCAUCAAUUGAUGAAAACAGUGUUUCAAUACAAAAAAUUAAUAAGGUCCUGCUUUUAAAGAAAAAACCAUCCAAGUUGAAAAAACUACUAAUCAAUAGACCUUCACAAGCACAAUUAGAUGAAGAAUCUGAUGAAGAAGGAGAUAAUGAAUCGGACAUUCAACAAAUUAAAAAAAAGAGAACCAAGAGAAAGGUUUCCAAAACACAAAUUGUUGAAAUUUCGUCAGAUGAAAAUAGUGAUACAGAAACUGAAACAAGUAUUGUCAGAAAAGAAAAGCGAAAGCCAUCAAUUAAAAUUGACUUAACAUCUGAAUCACCACCACCAUCACCAAAAUUACCACAAUUCCCACCAUCACUACCAUCUCCUUCAUCACCAAUUCCUCCACCACCUGGUACCUCUAUUUCACCUACUAACAGUGUGGAUGAAAGUCAAGAUACUCAAGAAACUAUAUCAUCACCUCCACCACCACCACCUCCUCCUCCUCCACCUCUCCCAUCUAUUUUCAUGAAGCCUCCAGCGCCACCUCCACCUCCACCUCCAUUACCAGGUUUUUUUUCUGAUAUUUCAGCAGGUCCUGGACCUAUUCCUCCGGCACCACCUUUCAUUGAAAAAUCGCUAUACAGAAAAUUUCAAAUGACUUACGAUGUUAAUAAUCCAUUUAGUAAUUAUCCAAGACCAAAAAGAAAGCUUAAACAAUUACAUUGGGAAAAAAUGGAAAACACAGAAAACUCUUUUUGGGAAGGGCUUGAAACCUUUAAACUUACUACAGAUUUGUAUGAAAAGGGUAUUUUUGAACAAAUGGAAAUAUAUUUUGCUGCUAGAGAAGCAAAAAGAAUUGCAAAUCGAAAUAAAGUUGACCAAGAUAAACUCACUUUUCUUUCUCGGGAUAUUAACCAACAAUUUAACAUUAAUUUACAUGUUUUGUCUUCUCGUACAGAAGAGGAAGUUGUUCUUUCUAUUUUGAAAUGUGAAAAAAUUGUAAUGGAGAAUAGCAAUAUCUUGGAAUUUUUGGGUCGUGAAGAAAUUGUGGAAGUUCCAACAAAUCUUGCCAGAAACCUUGAGCCUUAUAGUACUGACUGGUCUAGUGGAAGUGACAAAUCUCCAGAUAAAGAUCCAUCUGAACUACAAAGGGCUGACAGAAUAUACUUGGAAUUAAUUUAUAAUCUCCAACAUUAUUGGAAAUCAAGAAUUAGAGCAUUAACUGUAAUAACGAAUUUUGAAAAAGAUUAUCUGGAUUUGGUGAAAAAACUUAAUAAAAUUGAUUUGGCAGUUGAGAGAGUACAAACAUCUGAGAAUGUUAAAGGAGUAUUUAACAUAAUUUUAGCUUUUGGUAAUUAUAUGAAUGAUGCAAACAAACAAGCACAUGGGUUUAAGUUAAAUUCAUUGCAAAGAUUAAGCGUUAUUAAGGAUGAAAAAAAUAGCAUGUCAUUCUUACAUUAUCUUGAAAAAAUUAUCAGACAAAGCUAUCCAAACUUUUCAAAGUUUACUGAUGAUUUGAAUGCAUGUGUUGAAAUUAGUAAAUUGUCUAUUGAACAAGUCUCUCUUGACUGCACUCAAUUUGCCAAUUCUAUAAAAAAUGUGGAAGCCUCUAUUGAUAUUGGAAAUUUAAGUGAUUCUUCCAAAUUUCAUCCUGAAGAUAGGAUUUUAUCUAAAGUUCUACCAAUGCUACCUGAAGCACAUCGGAAAGCUGAAUUAUUAACUGAGCAGGCCAAAGUUAUUUUAGCUGAAUUUGAUGAUUUGAUGAAAUAUUUUGGAGAAGAUUCGUCUGACACAUUUUCAAGAAAUUCCUUCUUUACAAAAUUUUCUUCAUUUGUGAAUGAGUAUAAAAAAGCACAAAAGGAAAAUAUGAAGAAAGAAGAAGAACAGAGAGUUUACGAACAAAGAAAGAAAAUUAUUGAAAUACAGAUAGAGAAAUCUAAGGCUAAAAAUAAAGAGUCAGAGCUGACAAUUCCCGAAGAUGAUGAUUCUGUUGCAGUAAUGGAUAAUUUAUUAGAAAAAUUAAAAGCUGUUGGGCCACCCAAACAAGAUUCUUCGCUGAGAAGGAGAGCUUUGGCUAGAAAAAAAUUGAUGGAGAGCCGUAAAACAUCCAAUGAUUCUUUUGAUAUAAAGGAACAAAUUAAAGCCAAUUUAACGGGCGAACUUUCAAUGUCGUCAAUAUCCGAGGAAUCUUUAUCCCUGCCAAAAUUAGAAAAUGCAGAUGGCUUGCCUGUUAAAACAUUGCUGCAUUCUGAAAGCCAACCGGAUAUGACAAACAAAGAGGAUGUUGGCGCAAGAGCAAGAUUGUUAUUACAAGAGUUGAGAGGUGGUAACUUUUCACUAAGUAAUGAUGAUUUAUUGAAAAAUCAAGAUUUGAGAUUACAACAGAGGUUCCGAAGAAGACAAAAAUUUGGAGGGUCAUCCCUUCUGCGAAAUAACAGCAAUUCUUCUUCGUUAAAUAAUUCGGACAUCAAAAGAUCAGACAGUUUUAUAAAAGAGUCAGUAGUAGGGGGUCUGAGCAUUUCCUUCAACUCAGAAGAAGUUGAAGAAAAUAGUGAAAAUACUAAAGAAAAUAGUGAAAAUAGUGAAGAAAAUUCGGAAGAAAAAAUAGAUCGGCUGCCAACUUUAGAUCAGAAUUCAAUUUUUGAGGAUGCAGUAGAAGAUGUUUCUGCUCAAAAUCAACAAAUUGAAGUUGCAAGUAAUUAAAAAGCCCACUUGUCGCUUGUUUUGUUAAUUUAAUAUUUUGUAUAUUUAGAUUGUUUUGUUUUUAAUUGUUUUUAAUUGUUUUUAAUUGUUUUUAAUUGUUUCGUUUUCAAUUGUUUUUGUUGUUGUUUUGUCUUUACGAAUUUUGUUUUUUAAUAGUAAGAACUUAAGGAAGUUCAAUGUUUGCUGGUGAGAACCU